AAAAUACAGAUUUUUAAACAACCAGAUUUUCAUUUCCCCAGUCCCUGCUAUAUUCAGGCUGCUUCUCUGUCACUAUUACAGCUGCAUGAUUUCGGUCAUAAGACAAACUUCCUCUUUUUGACAUUAGAGCAGCUAUUUUGACUUCACAGCUUUGAAUACGUGAGAAAGCAUCUCUCUGUUUUCAUUUAAGCAGGAAAUACAGAUGGUUUAUUCACUUUGAAUCAAACUGAGAUGUUAGCGUUGUUUCGACUCUGUGUGUAUACACUGUUGUUUUUUAUCAGUUUUUCAGAGGCAGUGAUAUCCUGUUUAAAUGAGGAUGGUCAGCCUGUUGACUGGUUCAUUAUUUACAAACUUCCCAUUUACAAGAUGGAAGUUAAGGGAAGUGGAGUGGAUUACAUGUAUCUGGAUCCAUCAGUCGUGGAUUUCCAGAUGAGUAAACAUACAGUCAACAGCAGUAAAGGAGCUUUAGGCCGAACACUGACACAGCUUUACUCCAGAUAUACAUCUAACGGCUCAGUCUAUAUGGUUUACAAUGAUGCUCCACCAGAGCUGAAGUACCCAAGCAAGUAUGGACAUACAAAAGGUGUACUGAUGUUUGACCACUCUCAGGGAUUUUGGCUCACACACAGUGUUCCUCAUUUCCCUCCAUUUCCAGAGAGAAAUUACAGUUACCCAUCUACAGGAAAAUACUACGGACAGACUCUGCUCUGUAUUACAUACAACUACGCGCAGUUCCCUCAAAUAUCAUGGCAGUUAGCAUAUCUUAAUCCACGCAUGUAUAACUGCUCUGUCCCUAUGGCAUUUCGCCCAGACUUUGCAGUCAUGGCACAAAUUUGUGAUGGUAAGACACCUGCCAUUAAAAACAGAAGAAGUCUGCAGAAGCUGAAGUCAGCCCGAGGACAAACUUUUCUCAGUUUUGCCAAAUCUAACAACUAUGUGGAUGAUAUUUACACUGGUUGGGUGGCUCAAGCAUUGGGGACAGAUCUGCUGGUGGAGUCAUGGCUGCACCAGGCACAUCGGCUCCCCUCCAACUGCUCACUUCCCCGGCACGUGAUGAACAUUGACAGAGUUCGUCUUCCAGGACCGCAGAUGUUCAGAAGCUAUGAGGAUCAUUCAAAGUGGUGCGUGUCUUAUGCAUUCAAAGACCAGUGGGCAUGUCUGGGGGACUUGAACAGAGACAGUGGCCAGGCUGGCAGAGGUGGUGGGCUGAUAUGUUCUCAAAGCUCAGUCAUUUAUAAAGCUUUCCGUCAAGCCAUGGCUGGGUAUAAACACUGCUGAAAAAAAAUACCUUCAGUACAUUGAACCUGCUCCAGACUUUUGUGCAUGCAUUAACCACUGUUG